AUGCUCCUAUGGGUAUCGUUAAUGCUAACUCGGGCACUGUUCUCCAGUGCUACUGCUGGUAUCGAGAGCUCAGCUCUGCCGGCCUUCUACCACACAACAGCCGACAUAAUGGCUAGGCUGAAGGCCUUGCAAGGGAAAUGCCCAGGCAUGGCCAUUGACCGCGAACAACAGCAUGGCAUUGCUAUGACGAUUGUGCGCCUAGGAGCUGUCGGGGGUGAUGUUGGGAAAGCGCCAGGAGAAGCUCUUCUUGUUUUCGGCGAGCACGCCCGGGAAUUGAUAUCUUCCGAAAUUGCUCUGCAGCUGAUUCAGCGUAUAUGCGAUAUUCGCUCUACAGGGGCUCCCAGUGGAGACCCUCACGCCAAAGCUGCGCUCCGGGCAAUUACAAUCGUACCUGUGGUGAACGAGGGGGGCCGAUCAUUGGUGAUGGGCAAGGGCCAGUGGUGUUGGCGAGGAAACGAGAAUGGCGUCGAUUUGAAUAGGAAUUUCGGCGGGUCUGCCCACUGGUCUUCGAAACUUCGCUCCGCUGAGGAAAAUUCAGGCCCAUCCCAAUUCAGCGAGCCCGAGACCAAGAUACUCCGCUCGCUGAUCGACAAGACAUCUCCAGAGUUUUUCCUCUCGGUCCACUCGGGCAUGCUCGGCCUCUUCUAUCCAUACGCCUACAGCCCCUCGGCCCACCCAUCCACUGCAGGGGCUCUUGAAAGGGUCCUCGAUAGGGUCGCUGAUGACGGCUGCCAGUGCCCUUCUGGGCAAGCUUCCAUCGAGAUUGGCCAUGGCGCGCCCGGCUCCAGUUUGGACUAUGCCUUCAAGGAUGGUGGUGGUGCUAGGUUCGCUUAUGCGGUCGAAGUUUAUUCAGACCCGAGCCGUCGGGGGGCCUUCCAUAAGGAGUAUAAGGAACGGAAAAAGGAUGGGGCCUCUCCUGUCACGUAUCUGACGAGUAUCUCGUCGGCCGACUUUGGGCCGAUCGAUGGGGAGAAGUGUUUGGAGUAUUUCAACCCCAUUGCGGAGAACGAAUACAAUGAAGUGCUGCAAACAUGGUCAACGAACAUCCUAGAGAUGAUGCAGUUGGCUUCAGAGGAGACCGGCACACCGCCCAUCCUUCGUGGGAUAUCACCACACAAGAAUGAUCAUGUUCGAGUCGGCUAA